GAUGUCUUUUGAGGAGAUCAUCAAAGUUCAGAAAAAUGUGGGGACUAAAGCUUUCUACAAGAUGGCGCCAGGAGCUCGAGGAGGAAAAUUGUCAGGUGCCGGAAAAGAACAACUGGAUAAAAAUCGACCCAUGGAAAUGUCCUCUAAGAAGGCGGUCCGAUUCUUGAGGAAGGUGAUCCCGGCCAGGACAGCGAUUCGGCGAGAUCCACGGUUUGAUGAUCUCUCCGGAGAGUUUAAGCCGGAGGUGUUUGAGAAGACGUACAGGUUCCUGGAUGGGAUAAAGAAUAAGGAGAAGCAGGACUUGGAGAAGCAGCUUAAGAAGUCUCGGGACCCGGAGCUGAAGGAGCAGCUGAAGCAGUUACUGGACCGGAUGAAUCAGCAGGAAGAAGCUGCCAAGAAGAAGCAGAAGCUCCGGGAGAAAGAGGCAGAGUUCAAGAGACAACAGAGAGAGCGCGCCCAGCAGGGGAAGAAGCCUUUCUACCUCAAGAAAAGUGAUGUGCGGAAGUUGGAUCUUGCAGAUAAAUAUCAAGAGCUGAAGAAAAAAGGAAAAGUAGAGAAUUUCUUGAGUAAGAAGAGGAAGCGAAACUCCAUAAAAGACCGAAGGAGACUUCCCAGUCAGCAGUAGUGGUGGACUGUACUCCGGGGGGGCGAUGUGCUGCGACUCUUCUCGGCAAUGCAUCUUUGGAACAGUGGUGGGAUGCUCUGCUGGGCUGGAGUCCUCCCCGGGUCUGGUGUGAUGCUCUGCUGGGCUGGAGUCCUCCCCGGGUCUAGUGUGAUGCUCUGCUGGGCUGGAGUCCUCCCCGGGUCUAGUGUGAUGCUCUACUGGGCUGGAGUCCUCCCAGUCUCAGGUGUGAUGCUCUGCUGGGCUGGAGUCCUCCCCGGGUCUAGUGUGAUGCUCUACUGGGCUGGAGUCCUCCCAGUCUCAGGUGUGAUGCUCUGCUGGGCUGGAGUCAUCCAUUGUCUCUAGUGUGAUUCUGUGCUGGGCUGGAGUCCAUGGUGCCUGCAGAUCAUUCCACCUCCCAUGGGUUGUGUUGCUGAGGCCACUCCUGGUAUGUGUUUGGUCACAUAUUGUCCAGGGUCUAAGGUCAUCACUGUAGAGGCUCCUGACUCCAGUGUCAUCCCCAGCCUGUCAUGUACUUGGGGGCCCGGCUGCUGCAGAACCCCAUGAUGUUGACCUUAUUGUACUGUAAUAAACUCCUUCCUAGCUGUGGGCUGUCAUGUGGAUGUUCUUCAGCCCGAUCGCCCCAGGUGUAUAAUCAUGAAUUUGUAAUUAAAAUGUCCUUUUAUUAAUUUA